GUCUUACCAGAAUCGAUAUCUCGCCAACCUAAAUUAGUCUGUGCGCUCAGCAAGGGGCAGUGAGCCACGCAGCACCAGCUCGAGACAGAACGACGGAGCCGUCGGCGGCCCGUUAACCUGCCCUACAUCGAUUUCUGAGCGGCCAAGCCGCGCGCGCUCUCUACGCCAGCUCAGGGCUCACAGCCUAGCUACUGGGAGUUAAGCCAGGAUCACAUCCUGCGCUUGCGUCAAGGUUUAGCUGCGGCGAGCGCCGGGCCCUCUCAGGGUCAAGUUCCUGCCAGCUACUUCCUGCCUCACCGACGUCUUGGUAGUCAAGGGCCCACUUACGUACUGCAAGACAGUCCACAAUUUCUGCUCUGGGUCACGAGAGUCUCGGGCGAACUGCGGCAGUUUUGGGAGCAGCGUGAUUGGCCAUCACGACGUGUUUCUUCCGAGCUGUGCACUAACCUUAUUUCUACGCGACACCGCUUUAUUUCCCGUGCAGUGAGCCGAGCGGACCAAGAGCUGCUCCAGCCUAGUCGCCUCGCGACCGUCCCUCGCGCUCGCUCCCCGUCUCACGGGCACGGCGAAGCCAAGUCAUCUCGCCACCGCGGCAUCAGUCCAGCAGCCCCUCGGGCUCACCACGACACCAGCUGCGCGCGAGCGUCUUCAGUGUGACCCUCGGUCACUCAUCACUAUUGGCUGACAAGCAGCAGUGCUUCAACAGCACCUGGCCUUAACAGCAGCAGUGUAGGGCCCUCGGCCCCGCGCUCCAAGCCAAUCUUCGGCAACAGCAGCGACACGCCGCCACUCCCAGUGGCCGCGCUGUUGCCACCUCUAGCACCCCCGGUGCUGCAACAACUUCUCCGACUCCAACGAGCACACCAUGAGCAAGCUGCUGUUCAAGCCCAUGGACCCCUGGGACCAUCAGUCGGUCCCGCCGCUGUCCAAGCACCUGAAGGAGCAGCUCAACGGCACGCGCAAGUACCACGGCAACUGCGCGUAUGAGGCCGUCCCUGUCAGCGAGGCGCUCCGCAUCAUCGACAGUGGACCCGACGCCAACACUGCCUACCACUUCUGGUGGGCCAAGGAGCGUCCCACGCUCCAGGCGCGCGCGCUGGCCCACCACCAGGCGGCCAACCCGGCGCAGCAGGGCCAGCAGCCGGCCCCCAUGUGCGGUCACCACGUGAUCGACUUCUACAUCAAGCUGCUGCACGACCACUUCGCCCUGGACCGUGCCAGCUUCUACGAGGACCGCUACAACGGGCUGCAGCAGACCGAGGACAAGACUCCCUCCCAGCUGCUUGCCGACAUGCGGCAGUGUGAGCCGCACCUGCACGCCAUGCCUCCGGACAAGUUCGCGAUGGACUUCGUGCACAAGCUGCACCGCAAGAUCGUGCCCAACGUCAAGAACCGCUGGGACAUCAUCGCCGUCACCGGCUGUCCUACCAGCGGCGCAUUGGCGGGGCCGUGUCUGCCAGCAGCACCGGCGGCACCAUGCCCGCCAGCAGCACCGGCGCUGGGCCCAGCAGCUCCUCAGAGUCCAUGGAAAUGCAGGCGCUGCUGCAGGCCAUUCGCGCGCUCGGACCCAGCGACCGCGCCAAGGUCUCCCGCGCGCUGCAGAAGUAGUCAUGGCGCAUCAAGGAUCAGCGCCGCGUGCCCUCGGGCGGCGGUGCCUUCCGCCGCGUGCCCUCGUGGCGGCGGCGCCUUCACCCGCGCGCCCUCGUGGCAGCGGCGCCUUCAGCUGCUCGCCCCCGUGGCGGCAGCGUGCCUUCAUCCGCGCGCCCUCGUGGCGGCGGCGCCUUCAGCUGCUCGCCCCCGUGGCGGCAGCGUGUCUUCAUCCGCGCGCCCUCGUGGCGGCGGCGCCUGCAGCUGCUCGCCCCCGUGGCGGCAGCGUGUCUUCGGCCGCGCGCCCUCGUGGCGGCGGCGCCUGCAGCUGCUCGCCCCCGUGGCGGCAGCGUGUCUUCGGCCGCGCGCCCUCGUGGCGGCGGCGCCUUCAGCUGCUCGCCCCCGUGGCGGCAGCGUGCCUUCAUCCGGCGCCCUCGUGGUGGCGGCGCCUUCAGCUGCUCGCCCCCGUGGCGGCAGCGUGCCUUCAUCUGCGCGCCCCCGUGGCGGCAGCCUAUCAGCAGCCGCGUGCCUCUCAGCGGUGCCUUCAGCUGCGCGCCCCCGUGGCGGCAGCGUGUCUUCAGCUGCGCGCCCUCGUGGCGGCGGCGCCUUCAGCUGCUCGCCCCCGUGGCGGCAGCGUGUCUUCAGCUGCGCGCCCUCGUGGCGGCGGCGCCUUCAGCUGCUCGCCCCCAUGGCGGCAGCGUGUCUUCAUCCGCGCGCCCUCGUGGCGGCGGCGCCUGCAGCUGCUCGCCCCCGUGGCGGCAGCGUGUCUUCGGCCGCGCGCCCUCGUGGCGGCGGCGCCUGCAGCUGCUCGCCCCCGUGGCGGCAGCGUGUCUUCGGCCGCGCGCCCUCGUGGCGGCGGCGCUUUCAGCUGCUCGCCCCCGUGGCGGCAGCAUGCCUUCAUCCGCGCGCCCUCGUGGCGGCGGCGCCUUCAGCUGCUCGCCCCCGUGGCGGCAGCGUGCCUUCAUCCGCGCGCCCUCGUGGCGGCGGCACCUUCAGCUGCGCGCCCCCGUGGCGGCAGCCUAUCAGCAGCCGCGUGCCUCUCAGGCGGGCGGUGCUUCCAGCUGCGCGCCCUCAUGGCGGCAGCCUAGCUUCAACCGCGCGCCCUCGUCGCAGCGGCGCCUUCAGCUGCGCGCCCCCGUGGCGGCAGCGUGUCUUCAGCUGCGCGCCCUCGUGGUGGCGGCGCCUUCAGCUGCUCGCCCCCGUGGCGGCAGCGUGCCUUCAUCUGCGCGCCCCCGUGGCGGCAGCCUAUCAGCAGCCGCGUGCCUCUCAGGCGGGCGGUGCUUCCAGCUGCGCGCCCUCAUGGCGGCAGCCUAGCUUCAACCGCGCGCCCUCGUCGCAGCGGUGCCUUCAGCUGCGCGCCCCCGUGGCGGCAGCGUGUCUUCAGCUGCGCGCCCUCGUGGCGGCGGCGCCUUCAGCUGCUCGCCCCCGUGGCGGCAGCGUGUCUUCAGCUGCGCGCCCUCGUGGCGGCGGCGCCUUCAGCUGCUCGCCCCCGUGGCGGCAGCGUGUCUUCAUCCGCGCGCCCUCGUGGCGGCGGCGCCUGCAGCUGCUCGCCCCCGUGGCGGCAGCGUGUCUUCGGCCGCGCGCCCUCGUGGCGGCGGCGCCUGCAGCUGCUCGCCCCCGUGGCGGCAGCGUGUCUUCGGCCGCGCGCCCUCGUGGCGGCGGCGCCUUCAGCUGCUCGCCCCCGUGGCGGCAGCGUGCCUUCAUCCGCGCGCCCUUCUGGCGGCGGCGCCUUCAGCUGCUCGCCCCCAUGGCGGCAGCGUGUCUUCAGCCGCGCGCCCUCGUGGCGGCGGCGCCUUCAGCUGCGCGCCCCCGUGGCGGCAGCCUAUCAGCAGCCGCGUGCCUCUCAGGCGGGCGGUGCUUCCAGCUGCGCGCCCUCAUGGCGGCAGCCUAGCUUCAACCGCUCGCCCUCAUGGCGGCAGCCUAGCUUCAACCGCGCGCCCUUCUGGCGGCAGCGUGUCCGCAGCAGCUGCGUGCUCCUGUGGCGGCAGCGUGCUCAAUGGUGAUGGGGUGCAGAUGAAUGUGUGGUUUGAGGCUGAGCCUGUCGUUGGGAAUGCAUGGAUUGACCAGGCGCGUGUGGCAGGAACUUCAGCAUUCCUUGCACGCUUGCCUUACGAUAGCAUUGCCACUGCCAGCACACCUGCCUUGCUCGGCUGCUCCUGCAUCAUGCCGACGGAGGGUUCAUCAUUGCAUCGCAUGAGACAUGUUUGUGCCUAGUCUACCUAGCAAAGAUGGUGAAGAGGUACGGGUUUAUAACCAGCGCGACGUCUGGCAACCCUGCGUAUGAGUCUGUGUGUGUUGCUGCUUGAGCAGCACUGCUACCAUGUGCGCCUCUUGUUUCAGUGUGCCCGCCUGCAUACCAGACCACAGCCCAUUACGGUGCUGCGGCUGGGGGGGGGACAUCAGCCAGGGCACGUCAGGAAUGCGUUAUCACGCGUUAUGGCGUGACAGCUGUCACGCCAGCUCGUGUGACCGGACACUGUAUUAUAAGUUUUUUUAUAAUAUCGUGUGACAGGUGUCACGUGAUUUCGGGGGGAUUUUUCUUUUUUUCCACAUAUGACAGCUGUCAUGUGAUGGCGAGGUGCUGCUUUGACUGAUUGUGAAAGUGGGGAGGGGGGAGAGGUGCAUGCAAGUGUGGAGCGUCCAGGAUUGAUGGUUUCUGGGGGCGACUCGCAGGACCACUGCAAGGGGUGGGGGGCAUGCUGCAGCAGAUGCCAGUGGCAGGUGGGGAACCUGUAACAAGAGAAGUGCAUCGUUAUUGUGUUGUCCCACGCAUCUAGGUGGAAAAGCGGGGUAUUCAACGGAGAGGAAUAAAGCUACGCGGUCCGUUGGGUCGUGCGUCCUGGUGGAGAGGGGCGCGAGACAGCCCGUGAAGGCGAGCGGGGAAUCGGCGGGCAAGGGAUUGCAAUGGGGUCCGUGUUCUCUCUACCAGCGGGGUAAUGGUCGCAGGGUUGCCACGUAGAAUACAUAUACUGUGACGUUGCAUCCACACCUUGCAUCCUUGCCGUUGCAUAUUUAUGUUGAACGCUAAUGUCCGGGGCGCUCCAUGCCGUGCGCCCCGGAAUGCGGUGUGGGGAUGGGGUGGGGUGGGAUGGACUGGCGGAUGGUGGAAGUAUCAUAUAGGUCUGCUGGGGGCUGCGAGCAGCCAUACUACCGGUCAUGAUAUUGCCUUCGGUCGCUCAGGGCGCCGCGGGCUGGGGGUGGGUAAGUGAGCGGGGAUGGGGGCUCGGACUCAGCGGGGGCACGGACUCAGGGCGUGGAAGCCAGCGAGAAGCGGGCGAGAGUAACACCGAUGUGCCGGGUGAUGUGCGAGCAGAAUACAGAACGCGGCAUUCUUCAUUACGGGGAAACGAAAACAGAUAGCGCCAACCUUUUGCGCCUCGCGCUUUCGCGCGCAAUUUCCAGGAUCCUCCAACGCGUCGAUUCCUCCGUCUUGCGUCCUUAAGUGCCGGGAGCCUUGAUUAUCGAUACAAUUUGGGAUAUAUUGUAUGUUGCGCUGGAGCUCUAAUGCAAACGCUGCGCUUGUGCGUUUACCCCGCUCUGGCAUAGGGCUUGCGUUUUCAUAAUGUUACGCUUUGCAAUACAUACAUAGAAAGGCGCAUUAUUUGCACGACAAAUUUCGCUGCGCUCGGGUUUCAAGGUUAUAACUCAAGUCAAAACUGGAAUAACCGGGAGGGCCCCCCGCGGCGAGCUCGAUGCGACCGCAAUGGCUAUUGCCCCUCCCCCUUCGGGGGAAGGGGCAAGCCAACCACACGCCUGGCUGAGGGUGUGGGGGGGGGGGUGACGGCGCAACGCUGUGAGGGCGCAGACACCCACAGCCAGGCGUUGGAGGGCUCCCGAUAAUGCCCCCGUCAUCACGCGAGUACCUUUUACGGGGGAUGUGUUAAGUCGUCUUUGCUUGAGCUGUGGUCUGCCGUGGUCCCUUGCUCCGCGGACCAGCAGAACAGGCGUUUGACGGACAAAACGUGCUCCGUC